AGAAAUGGAGAAAAUAAGUGGCUUCAGAGAGGUCAUGAAGAGAGAUAACCUGAAGCUAGGAGAAGAAAGAAAGAAACGAGAGGAAAAUGGCAGGCUGGGAGGAAAGAGGUCUGGUCUCCACAUCCACAGCUGAUAUGCUGGGAGCCACUGCCUUGUACAGAAGCAAAAUGCCACAGGACAGCAGCAGGGCUGUGCAAGAAGCAGCUCCACCAUCUGCUCAGCAGUGUCUUCAGGCUCUAGUUGAUGCUGGGAUGUGAAACCCCAGCUGUGGACACAGGCAAAGAGAUGGAAUGGGGCAAGCUCAGAAGAAAUAGAGCAUAGGAAAAUGCUAGCAUGAAAGGGCCAUGACUUUGGGGUUAUUAGAGGUAAUGGUAAAACAGUCAUCAAGCUGGGUGAAUUUUGGGUGUAUUUUGAAAAAUGGAGAAGAAAAGGAGAAGGAUAAAAAAGCUGCCUAACAUAUAUUCAAACAGGGUACGAAAUUCCUGGGUGCCAACCUGCCUAUGGCAACCUAGAAUUCUCCAGGGCAGGCUCGCAAAAUCUUCACCUACUCUCUGGGACAGUACUUUGCAAGAACAGAAGGGGGAAUUACGAAAGCGCCUAUCGUACACUACCCAUAAGCUGGAAAUGCUUGAAACAGAGUUUGACUCUACACGUCAGUAUCUUGAAAUAGAAUUGAGACGUGCUCAGGAGGAACUUGAAAAAGUAACUGAAAAGCUGAGAAGGCAGGUGAUUACUCCCCUGAAGACAUAUCAUAAUGGAAGCCAAAAAUAUUUUACGAGGAUACAAAACAAUUACCUAGCCUUACAAAGAAUUAAUCAGGAUCUGGAGGAUAAACUUUACAGAAUGGGUCAGCACUAUGAAGAGGAAAAACGGGCUUUGAGCCAUGAAAUAAUUGCACUCAAUAAUCACUUAAUAGAAGCCAAGGUGACAAUAGAUAAGUUGUCAGAAGACAAUGAGCUCUACAGGAAGGACUGCAAUUUAGCUGCUCAGCUUCUCCAGUGCAGCAAGAACUAUGACAGGGCACAUAAACUUUCAGAGUUGCCAACUGACUUUCAGGAAAGAGUCAGCAUCCACCUGGAGAAACACGGGUGCAGCCUUUCUGUCCCCUUGUGCCACACUUCCUAUGCUGAUACCAUACCCACUUGUGUCAUUGCCAAAGUACUGGAAAAACCAGACCCACACAGCUUGUCCUCACACUUGUCAAGCCCAUCCACGAGGGAUCUCAAUUUUCAGGACUCUGCUGGAAAAGUGGGACAAAGACCCCAGUACAAGUCCGACAUCUACUGCAGUGACACAGCUCUUUACUGCCCGGAGGAGAGGAGGAGGGAGAGGCGGCAGAGCGUGGACACACAGGUGAAAGACGUGGGGUUCCUGCGGUCCCAAAACUCCACAGACAGCACUGUGGAAGAAGAUGGUUUCCAUUCCAGCUUCUCCCACGAAGCCUUCCCGGAGUACAUUACCUCUCUGCCAACCUCCAGCUCCUACUCCAGCUUCAGCGUCACGUCUGAGGAGAAGGAGAACGCCCAGGCCAACACUCUGACAGCCUCCCAGCAGGCGAUCUACAUGAGCAACCGAGACGAGCUCUUUGAAAGGAAGUCCCCCGCGGGUUACGAGCAUCAGGGCAGCCCCAGGUUUGCCAAGCCCAAACCUGCACAGCACAUGGAGCUUGCUGACGACAAUGAGAACUCACCCACUUUUACCAGGACUCUGCCUCCAUAUGCAAACGAACCUUUUCAUUUCUCAGCCAUAACACCACAGCAGGCUUUGGCAAACCAGAAAAUGAGGAAUGAGUGCAGGAGCACCCACCUCUCAGAAGAAGACUUGCCAGGGCGAUGGAGGCAGCUGAGUGUGGAGGACAUUGGAGCAUACUCCUACAGGAAUGCUGGCAGGCUGUCACCCUGCAGCUUCUCAGAGCAGUACUACAGCAGCCCCAUCAAGAAAGGGGACAGUCGAACAAGCCCCAUCUAUGCUAGUUACAAAGCAGACAGCUGCUCAGAGGGAGAUGACAUCUGCCAAAGCAGACUUGUGGAUUCUUGCUUCCUGAGAACAGACAGUGGCCUGAACAUUGACAUCAGCACAAGCUGUAAACAGGACAAAUUGCCCGCUUACAAAACAAAAGAAUCAAGAGACCAAAAAAACGAAAGGAUCACCGUCCAGUUAUGCAGUAGCAAAAACAUCGAAAACAGCCCGGUAUUGAAAAGAGAAUACGUGGACGUGAGCCCCAACAGCUCAGCAGAGUCACUCAAUCAGAGUUCAGUGGAGGCUCCAGAAAUCCACCAGUCUUCCAUGGAUCAAGGAAGCCAUUCGGGUGUUCACAGCAAACCGCCGCAGUUCCAGAGGACUGGGAGCACUGGUCUGAGUCGGAAGGACAGCCUUACAAAAGCACAGUUAUACGGAACCCUUCUGAACUAGGCACCUCCCCAAAUGGCAAUAAGACAGCAGACAAAAGGAAGAAAAGAGCGUUUGAUACUUCUAGUGAACAAUAAGGUUCUAAGAAGCAGGAUUAUUAUAAAAUAUAUAUUCAUAACGGUACUAUAUGUUUAAAACAAAAUCUCAAAAACGUUAUACAGCACUUUUCACUUGACAUCCUUUCCACAUGGGAGACUCCCCUCUUUUAUAAACCUGAAAUAUUUUUAUAAACAAAAAUGUAUUUAUUAGACUAUCCUAAGCUAUUUGAGCAGAAUUCUUUUCCCUUCAAGCAGGUUUCUUAUUUAUUUUUGUGCAUGAGGCCAUCUGUGCCUAAAUACUUGGAGGAAAAGGGUAAAAUCAUGAUGACAGUGACAAAAAAAAUAAACCCACCUGAUAAAAUACCAUAAAAUGUCAUGUGAAAUAAAAAAAAAAAAAACAAGAAUGGUGAAUUUGAAGAACUAUAUUUUUUAACAAGAAUGGAAUUGUAUCUUAAGUUAUUUCAUACAAAUGUAUUUAUGAGUGACUAAUGUAUGCACAGUGAUACUAAUAUUUUGUUCUUUUAAUCCACUGUGUUUCUGCUUUCCUAUUUUUCCUUGUAUACUACCUCAAAAGUAAUUGAGGGUUUCUUUGUCACAUUUUCUGUAGGCUUGCAUUUAUAUUGUCUAAAAUGCAUGCAGUGUCAUAAUUAAUACUGUAUUUUGCAUAACUUAAUAAAAGACACCAGUGGAUAUAUUCUGGGGUUGUUUUUCCUUUCAUUCAAUAGAACGUGGAAUUGCUCUGGGGGGCAUCAGUACAGCAAAAGUUAAUGACUAAAGCUGCCGAACUGGAUUGCUUUCUGGAGGAGUCUCUCUUUCUCUGUAAGCUCCAGAGUGAACUGGUUCACUCACAGCCCAUGGCCUCUGGGUGUGGGAGGGUGACUUCUCAUCAGCCUGUUGAAAGUAAGCAAGGAAAAAAAAAUGUUUAUCCAUAGUCUUGAGUCCACUAGACAGGGUUUUGCAUACUGAAUGUGAACAGAAAAUUACUCAAAAACCAGUGAUGUAAGCUCCUCCUCUAUUAUUCACAUAC